UAUAUGAAUAUCUUACAGGGGACCAAGCCGUUUGAUGUAUUGAGAGAGACAUUAUACACCAUGUGAACCUCUGAGUGGACAGAGUGGACCAAAAGGUUGCCAAGGCUUGAGGGGUCAGGGCAGGGACCUUUGUGUUAGACAGGCCUGCAGAGAGCCGGGAUAUUGUUACUAUUUAACAUAUGCUGGAAGUAUGAACUUGAUUGUGCCAAUUUUUAUGACUGCUGGUCAGUGCAUAUAGCAGUGGGGUACCGUAAGGGGAACACACCAACAGUGAAACAGUUCUCCAACUGAAAAGAAGUGUAAGAGUGGACAGUGCAUUCACCUUGUGUACCCGACAACGAGGCUGUUUAAUCCAGAUGAUGCGUAGAAGGAGACUGGGUGGUGUAUGAAGACGGACAGAAUGAACCCCGGGAUGGGGCAUGACCCAAUGUCAUCAGAUUCCAGCCACAUGCAGCUUUUGAAUCAUGGAGCCAUUGACUUUUUGGAAGCACCGAUGAAUGCGGAGCAGCCCUAUGGAAUGGAGCACCAUGCCGCCUACAUGGCCCAGGGAGCUUAUGACCCGUAUGGCUACAGUCAGAAGACGAACUUCAUGGUGCACCAGGGCAUCAAAAGUCAAGUGUUUGACCCUCAGGGAAUGUAUGAGAUGCAGAGUCCUACUACAAUGUCUGAUAUAAGCAUGUCCCCCUCCCCGCCCCCUCCACCCCGGGUCUACAAGCCCUGCGUGGUAUGCAGUGACAAGUCCUCAGGCUACCAUUAUGGUGUGAGCUCCUGUGAGGGCUGCAAGGGAUUCUUCAGGAGAAGUGUUCAGAAAAACAUGCAGUACACUUGCCACAAGGACAAGAAUUGUCCCAUAAAUAAAGUUACCAGAAACCGCUGCCAAUACUGUCGUCUACAGAAGUGUUACGCCACUGGAAUGUCUAAAGAAGCUGUGAGAAAUGACAGAAACAAGAAGAAGAAGCCAAAGCUAGAGAACCCGUCUUCAAACAUAGAGGAAGUGACGGAGGACGAGCAGAGCGUGCUGCAGGAGAUUCUGGAGGCGCACCGAGUGACUUUUCCACAGAUUGAAGAAGCUGUUUUAUCCCCCAUGUCUUGUCAUGACACCCGUGGUGACAUAGAAAAUGACGAGGCAUCAAAAGAAAACUCACAGAAUCAAAAGAAGGAAAAGUCCAUGUUGUGGGAUAAAGUGACAGAACUUUCAUCAAAAGGAAUCAUAAAAAUUGUUGAAUUUGCCAAGAAAAUGCCAGGAUUUACCUCCCUUUCUACCUCAGAUCAAAUCACUCUCCUUAAGGCAGCUUGUUUAGAAAUCAUGAUUUUACGGCUGUGUUCGCGCUAUGACCUGGACAAGGAUGUGAUGCUGUUUAACGGGGGCCUGAGCCUGGACCGGGAACAGCUACAAAAGGGGGGCUUCGGCACACUCACUGACACUAUAUUUAGAUUUGCUUCCUCUCUCAAAGUGUUGAACAUAGACGAGAUGGAGUAUGCUGUGCUGUCGGCAAUAUGUCUUAUAUCUGGAGAUCGCUCUGGACUAGAAGAAUCGGAGCGAGUGGAACAGAUGCAGGAACCAAUUCUAGAGGCAUUGAAACAUUACGUGAGGACAAGGCGAAAAGACCAGCCCAAUGUGUUUGCAAAAAUUCUGUACAAACUUACAGAUUUGAGAAGCAUUAGUGUUAAGGGAGCUGAGAGAGUCCUUCAUUUACGGUUAGAAAUGCCUGAUGAACUCCCGCCACUAAUCAUAGAAAUGUUGGACAGGCAGGAGAAUGUGUGUAUUCCUUGACAGAAAUUCCAAUCAUUUGGCAAUUGAUAUAAUACUCCAAGUUUGCCUUGUACUGAAACAGAUAGAUCUGACUAAACACCUGUGAGAAUAUCAAACCAGUGAAUAUAAACAAGAAAGCUGUUUCAGGCUCGAGCAAGACUCUGCUUCGGCUCCCCGUCUGUCUGUGAGAGACUGCUGGUGCUGAGGUGUGUGAUCAACUGCAGUUUUAUUAUUUAUUCUUUGUAUGACUGUAACAGAUUCUGAUAACGGACUCCAUGUUGAGUCUCGACCAAGUCAUCGGUACUAUCGAGAACUUUCGUGUGUAUCUAUAGGAGGCAGUUGGUGAACACACCGAGAAGGAUGUUUGUGUAUACAUGGAAUGGAAACCUUAAUGAUCUGUGUGUGUCCCAGUUAUCCAAGCGAUACUGAUGGAAUGUGUGUAUAGUUUAUGUGUACUAGUAUCCCAGCAAUACUAGUGGAGUGUGUAAAGUGUUGUGAUCUGCAGGACCAGACCUGACAUAGAGUGUACAUCUCUAAGUGUUGUGUGAAUAAUAUGACAGCUGCUGCUAUUUUUCUGCUUUUAUUGAACUACAAAUAUGUGUAUAAGAUAGAAAUGAUCUCACAUUCAAUUCAUGUCAAGUAUUUUUAAUGAGAAUCAUUUUUUACCCUCCGUUUCGUGUUUUGAAUUGAAAAUUUUUAGUGUGUUAUGCAUGGAUUCUUAGCAGACAUGGAAAUUUAAAAUCUUCCAGCCCGUUUUACAUGUACAUAUUCAAAUUAUUUUAAAUUGAAGCAUAUAGAAAGUCUUGUUGCAUGGACAGAAAGCUGGAAUAGAGAUUCUUACCAAGUUUAAGUUUCAGGGCUUUUUCCUGUUCAUGUAUUAAAUUAGGCCUUUUAUAUAUGUGGAACAAGAAAGUUAAACAGUAUGUGAUACAUGUAUAUUGUUCAAAGUUUGCUCAACAAAUAUCAUGAAUAUUGACAGGUUUGCACUACCUCUCUCCACUUCAUAUCAGAAUUUUGUUCCUUGUUUAAUAAUGUUAAGUUUGUUUCUGAAAUCUAAGACAUGUGUCCUCAAGAUGUACCUAGUUCCUCAAUGCCGAGUAUUUAAUGGUGCGAGUUGUUUGCACACUUCUGUAAACCAGAACAGAUAAAUGUAGCUAUUCGAAUUGAAUGAAUGAGAGAGAGAGAGAGAGAGAGAGAGCUUGUGAGAUUUGCAAGGCGGCUGGUUUGUAUGAAUUAUUUGCUGAGACACUUUUUAACUGUAAACCAAUUUUUAUUUGUGUGCAAGAAAAUUUCCAGAGAAAUAAGCUUAUUGUUACUAUUUUCACCCUCCACGAAGCGGUCCUCCGAUGUUUCACCCUUUUGCUUUUUUUCUUUGAAAACGCCUCGAAAAUAAGUUGCCGCUAAGCACUGGUAAAUCUUCAAAUCAAGUUUUUAAUGUAUAAGAUUUGGUUUAACAAAAGGGUAUUGUUUGUCAGUGAGGAGGGAGUGGAUAUAUUUUAACAUGACAAAUUGUAUUUGUUAGUGCAUCGUUAAGGAACGAGUAUUUAGCUAUGGCUACAGGAGAGCCAUUGAGCCUUGAUGCUGUAUGCUGGCAUAGUAACUAGGUUCAGAUGUAUUUUUUGAGUUGUUUUGUCUCUUGUCAGAUUGUGCGGGGUAAUUGAACAUUAACCUUUCUAUUGGAGGGACAGUUAAUUAUGUUCUUCCAGUUUACUGGAUCUUCUUGAGAUGUACAUGCCAAAUUCUUACCUCAAAUUAUUUUAUUUAUUGAUUUGUUAAAGAUUAAGAGGUUUAUCAGGAGAGUAGCACAUCCUGGAUAUUGAAAUCUUGAUAUGGUCCGUGUAUGAUUGGCCAAACACACAAAUUGAAUUACAAUAUUUGCCAUUUCUAGAAUAUGAAUUAGUCUGAACAAAAGAUCACACAAAAUGUAUCGCACUGAGUUUUUGCUCUAGUAUAUAAUACUCCUUCAAAGUUCUCCGGUGAAGUAUGAUUAUCUUACUAUAUUCAGAAACAUUUUUCACUCAUUGUUAAUUAAGAGAUGAUAUAAAAUCAACUUCGUUCAGUACCACAAGAUGUAUGAUCUUAAAUAAUUUGAUUAGAAUUAAAAGUAAUGAAAUUUCACAUUACAGGUACCAUAAUUUUCACUUUAAUAUUCGUGUCAAGGGGAAUAACUUUAGUUUACAGAUGAGAAUGUUAUUACUUUGUUUGACUAGAAAUGGAUCUAGAUUUUCUUAUUUCUCCUGCAAUGGAUGCAUGGAAAUUUGAUAUGCACACAGCUGAAUAGUUACCCAUUUUACAUCUGAAAACACUACAUUGUGUGUCUUUCAAUUUACCAUAUUUAUUCAUACCAUUAGACCUACCUUUUUAUGUGAACUCAAAAGUGUAGUUUUUGUUUGAUUCUUUGACAAUUUUAAAAAUUCAUGUUAAACGAAAUCAAAAGUAUCGUAUGCAUAUAUUUAUAUAUUAAGCGUAAGAAAAAUAUUUGGAGAAGAUGGAGAGCUCAUGAGUUUAAUUCUCCCUGGAAUUAUCAAUCGCAGUAGGUCUGUGUGCCAUUUGCAUCCGAUUCAAGGGCUUGUUGUAAUCUAUAUGCCUUCUUACUUUUUUUACCACCAUGGUAUUUCUAAAUGUAAAAAGGGCAUAGAGAUUUUUACAAACUCUUUUGGUUGAAAGUAAAAAUUUCACUGUUAGGAUUUCAAGGAAGAAAGUUUUGAAAUUUUUUAAUAUCUGUUUGAAAAAUGUGCUGGAUGGUAGAUGUUUUUCUUAUCCCAUCAACUUGACUUCAGUGAGUAACGUGUACUUCAGAGAGAGAGAGAGAGAGAGAGAGAGAGAGAGUGAGGCGAGAGAUGCAUUUGUACUUGUAUGAUAAACUACCUCAUCAGGGAAAAAUAAACAUUGCUUGUGAA